GCCAGAGACCUCUCUCGCUGAGCAGGAGCUGACUGCUGCCUCCCUGCAGAGCCUGCGGGCCACAGCCGUCGGGGAAUGAGACACACUGCUUCCUGCAUUUGCUGUUGGCUGUGGCACGUAGACUCUCUCUCUCUCUGUGUGCUCCUGCCCGCUCCCUCUCUCCCCUCCUCUCUGCAGAGCCGGGGAGCCCUGCAGGACAAAGAUGGAGCCUGGGCAAGUGGAGGUGGCCCUGCAGCCGGAUACGGGGCUGGAGCCCAGGGCGGUCAAGGAGGAGAGGCCAGAUCCGGGUGGUCUGCUCUUUGCCAGUGGUGUGGUCUCCGGGUUGGACAGGGUGACUCCAGCGCCUGGGCCGUCGGUCUCCGGGCAAGCCCGGGGGCCAAAGGAACGGCGAGGCCGAGCUCCGCGGUAUCCCUGCCGCAGCCACCGACGCAACUACCAGGAGCGCUGGCGGCUGGAGUACCUGAUGGACUACGACCGGUGGCGGCACGGGCUGGUCUGCAUGGUGUGCGGGGCCUCGCUGGCCACCCUCAAACUCAGUACCAUCAAGCGCCACAUCCUGCAGAGGCACCAGGCCUCGCUGCUGCUGACGCAGAGCGAGAAGGAGGCCGUCAUCGCCGGCUGGGAGGAGCAUUUACUGGGCCAGAGCUACCUGCAGGAGGGGCUGCCCGUCCCUGGGCUCGGCCCCAGUCAGCACCCAGGGCCACCGCGUCUCGCCCCAGUAGACGCCACCUCGCCGCCAAUGGAUGUCAUCCCACCGCCGCCCCCCGUCCGUGAUCCCUCGCUGCCGCCAUACAAAGCUCCGGCGAGGAGAGGCCGCCCGCCGGGGAAGAAGCCGAAAACCAAGGCCAAGCCGCCACCGCCCGUCAGCCGGCGCCAGGGACCCUGCUGCCCGUCCGCCAAGCGGGUGAAGCGCUACUACCAGGAGCGCUGGAGGAGCGAGUACCUGAUGGAGUACGACGGCCUGCGGCACGGCCUGGUCUGCAUGGUGUGCGGCAGCGCGCUGGCCACCCUCAAACUCAGCACCAUCAAGCGGCACAUCCUCCAGAAGCACCAGGCCUCGCUCAGCCUGACUCCCAGGCAGAAGGACGUCGUCAUGGCAACCUGGGCGGAGCACCCGCUCAACCAAUCGCGGCGCGACAUCAAGAGGCAAGGGGCGGGGCUGGACGGCCUCCACCAACCCUACGGCCAAUCCCAGGUUGACGAGCAGGAGGCGGUGCCCCCCGGCGGGUACCAGACACAGGCGGGGCGGACCGGGAUGCUGGACCAAUCGCAGAUGGAGAUGCCUGAGGCCGCCCCUGGUCUGGCAGGCGUUCCACCAAUGGCGAACCGAUUUCAGCAAGAAGAGGCGGGGCAGAUCCAACAGUUGCAGAUAGGCGAGCCAAUCUGUCUCAUCAACCAAUUGGACAUCGGGUUCCAGGAGAGCGCGGAGGCCGCGGUUCAUUUCAACCGGCCCCAUUUCAACCAAUCAGAGUUCGAGAUGCCGAAACUGGAGGUGGAGCCAAGUGCAAGGUUCCUCCAAUCACACGGGCGGUUUCAUCGAUCCGAGUCAGCCCAGAUCCUCAGCCAGUCACAGAUCCUGGUCGAGCCGAGAAGGGCGGAGCCUGCGCCCCCUCCAGCAGGCUCCCCGCUGCACUCCGGACCUACGGAGCCCGGUCCCCUGGUUAAGGCGGAGGCUCCUCCGGCACUUCGGCCGCCCCCCUCCCCAGACUUUACCGCCGGGCGGGGCGGCCGCGGGGCCCGUCGUUCCUUCCAGCGCCGCUGGCGCACCGAGCACCUGAUGGACUACGACCCGCAGCGCCGCCGGCUCCUGUGCAUGGUGUGCGGCCAGUCGCUGGCCGUCCUCUCCCUCCGCACCAUCCGGCGCCACGUCCUGCGCAGCCACCCGCACUCCCUGCAUCUCAACCGGGCCGAGAAGGAGAACAUACUGGAGGCGUGGGGAGAGCAAGGCCGGCCCCAGGAGCCGGAGCCGGAGCCGGAGCCGCAGCCGCCGCAGCGGGAAGCGCCAGCGCCCGCUCCCGCCGCGCCCACCCGCUGCUACCAGGAGCGCUGGCGCACCGAGCACCUGAUGGACUACGACCCGGUGCGCCGCCGGCUCCUGUGCAUGGUGUGCGGCAAGUCGCUGGCCGCCCUGACGCUCGGCUCCAUCCGCCGCCACGUCCUGCGCAGCCAUCCGCACUCCCUGCACUUCAGCCCGACCGCUCGGGAGGAUAUUCUGCAGGCCUGGAGCAAGCAGCGGAUGGAGAGCGUCGCGCCGGCGCCGGAGCCGGAGCCCGUCCGGCCCUCGCUCCCCAGCCCGCAGCACCCGGUGCCAGCAGCGGAGCCGACGGACCGGGACCUGGGCGACCUGGGGGAGCGGCUGGAGGUCGGGGUGCCGACCCCAGUGGAGAUCGAGGUCUACGUGGACGAGCCGGAGGGCAGGCCGCCGAACCCGAGGCGAACGCCGGGCCGGGACCACCGACGCAACUACCAGGAGCGCUGGCGGCUGGAGUACCUGAUGGACUACGACGGGUGGCGGCACGGGCUGGUCUGCAUGGUGUGCGGGGCCUCGCUGGCCACCCUCAAACUCAGUACCAUCAAGCGCCACAUCCUGCAGAGGCACCAGGCCUCGCUGGGCUACAGCCUCACCCAGAAGGUGCUGCUGGCCCAGGAGUGGGACAGGAAGAUGGCAGUCAUGGCCCGGGUCGAUGUCUGGCACCUCCCCGGCAUCCAGAACCGGGAGAGUCCUCCCGGCGAGCCCGGGACGCUGGGCACAGGGGGCCACUAGGGGACGGGCAACUCCUCCCCAUCUCCCUCCUUUCCCUCUUCUCCUUCCCUCAACAUCCCCUCCCUCCCUCACCCAUUUCUUCCACUACCCCCCUUUCCCCCUUGUCCCACCCCUCCCUGCUUCCCUCACACCCUCUUC